AUGGGUCCUUUUAACCCCUCUUCAAAUGGCAAUGUUUACAUAUUGGUAGUUGUGGACUAUGUCUCCAAGUGCGUAGAGACUAUUGCAAGCCCCACCAAUGAUCACAAGGUGGUUCUCAAGCUUUUCAAGACCAUAAUCUUUCCAAGAUAUGGAGUUCCAAGGGUUGUGAUCAGUGAUGGAUGGACACACUUCAUCAACAAGGUCUUUGAGGGAAUGUUAAAGAAAUAUGGAGUUAAACACAAGGGGUCUACAGCCUGUCAUCCUCAAACAGCUUUCAAGACUCCAAUAGGAAGAAUUCCAUUUCAACUUGUUUAUGGAAAAUCUUGCCAUCUCCCUGUUGAGGUUGAGUAUAAGGAUCUAUGGGCAAUCAAACUCUUGAAUCUGAAUUUAGAGACAACCCAAGCCAAGAGAAGCCUUGAUCUGCAUGAACUUGAAGAGAUAAGAUUAGAAGCUUAUGAUAGCUCCAAGAUAUAUAAAGAAAGAACAAAAGCCUUCCAUGACAAGAAGAUCCUAGUUAAAGACCUUAAGGCUGGAGAUCAAGCUUUACUCUUCAAUUCUAAGCUUAAGUUGUUCCCAAGAAAGUUAAAGAGCAGAUGGGGAGGUCCUUUUGAAGUGAAAGAGGUUUUACCAUUUGGAGCAGUCAGACUUCUCAACAAGGAUGGUAGUAAAUUUACAGUCAAUGAGCAAAGAGUCAAGAAAUACUAG